AUGGCUUUAGAUUUUUCUGCAACGUAUAAAUUAUUAGUUUUAGGCGAUUCCAAUGUAGGUAAAACGUGUAUAGUGCAUAGAUAUUGUGAUGAAAGAUACUACGAUAUUUACAUAUCAACAAUAGGCAUAGACUUUAAACAGAAGAUCAUAAACUUGGACGGAGUGCCAAUAAAACUGCAGAUAUGGGACACGGCUGGACAAGAAAGGUUUCGUACGCUCACCACCGCGUAUUAUAGAGGCGCUAUGGGAAUUAUCCUUAUGUACGAUAUUACAAAUUUGGAGUCUUUCAAUCAUUUGUCUUACUGGUUGAGGAACAUUCAAGAAUAUGCAUCCCCGGACGUGAUCAAAGUAUUGGUCGGCAACAAAUGCGACGUUCACGAGAACCACAGGGCUGUUCCAAAAGAAAGGGGUCAGAAGAUAGCCGACGAUUUCGACAUGCCAUUCUUCGAGGUAUCCUGUAAAAGUGACAUUAACAUAGAAGAAGCAUUCCUAACAUUAGCCAGAAAAAUAAGAGAAUACCGAGAAACCAAGGCCGACGCUUUUGAACUGAAGGAAAGAGACAACGUUAUCAAACCAUCGGAAUCCGAAACAGAUGUGUCAAAGUGUAGCUGUUAGCCGUUUUUUAUGUUCAUAAUAAGAACGAGUAAUAAUAAUAAUAUUUCAUCAAACACCUUAGCGGUAAAGGUAGAUACAGUGUGUAGUUUUUUGUACAAUAGGCUUCAGAAGCUUAGAAU